UCGAGUUGCUGCCGAGAGAAGAUCUCAGCGCGCAUGUGUGGCGUUCUGUGUUGCCCCCGUAAGACGUGAACAGCAGUAGACAUGGAGAAAAUAUCUUAUAGCAGGAGGAAGAUCCCUGGAUUUGGCUGCAAAGUGCUUUACAAAGGGAGACACGUUGGAUUGCAACAGUUGACAGCACUGGCACAAGCAGGAAGAACGUUUCUGGGUCCCACUAAAUCCUGCAAGUUUAUCAUGGAUCAGAGCUGCUGUGAAGCCGCUCUCACUUAUUCUUCUUUUCGCCUUUUGGAAAACUUGGACUUAAGCUCUGCUGUGGGACAGCUGCUUAAUGAGACUGUCCAGGCACAUCAGAAAGUUUUUAACACAGGGACCACAAGUCUCAUGUUUCUUGCAGGGGCUUGGAGUGCAGCUGUACUGGAAUGCCUUCAUCAGGGCAUCCCUAUACCUGUGAUAGUGGCAGUGAUGUCAGCAGGGCUGGAGUCGUGCACAGAGUUCUGCAAAGGAUGCGCUGUACCUAUUGAAGACAUUGCCAGGAAGACGGACUGUGACCUAGGAAAGCAAGCACAAGCAUGUUCAACAAUGUCACCCAAUCAUUUGAUAGAUGUCCAAAAAUGUAGUUGCUUACAACAGGGGCAACUCCAGAGCAUUACAAGAUCAACCAUUUCUGCAGUUUCUACACUGUCACAGACAACAGCAGUCAAAGAUGAGUGUUUGGGAUUGCAGUUGAAAGUUUUCACUCAGGCAUUGUCCACAAGAUCUAGCAGUGGCGAGAAAACCACUAAAACAAAGAUUAAACUGACUCACAGCAGGCAUUUUAAUAGCAAAGAUGCUAACUCUGAACGAUUGCUGUCAAGUAAUUCACUGUCAGCAGGCCAUCAUCGAGAUGUUAGUAUUACACACCUGGCAGUGGGUUUAAGUCAUGGAUGUUCAUAUGGUAUGAAUCUAGUGAUAGAGGCCUACAGGCUUCAAGCCCAAAACAGUAGAAAGAGAGACUACAGUCUUAGAACCGGUCCUUCCUUUGAUGUCUGCAAGAUCGUGACAUGUGUUCUUCCUGGCAUAUGUGAAGAACAGUCAUGUGUGACUCCAGGUUUUGUCACUCUUGUAUCUAUUGAGCAGGCCACUUUAGCAAAUCACUUUAAAGAUCAGAAUUUACGUGUGGUACUUAUAAAUGGCGAUCUAAGUGAAAGAUAUCGACACUUGGGGUUCAAUGGAUCUUCAAAUAUUAAAAACAUAAUUGAAAGCCCAGAUUUAUCUGGAAGUAGCUUGGAGGAUGAGUGGGCACAUGAUGCUCUGACAGCACUUUUGAGUUUAAAGGUAAACUUGGUUUUAGUGAUGGGAAUGGCAUGUCCCAUAUUAAUGGAAACAUGUGUUAAACAUAACAUCCUCAUAGUCCAGUGGGGGAAACCUAAUGUUUUGAAAGAUUUUGCUGAAACCACAGGUGCUGUACCGGUGGCCUAUAUAACACAACUUAAUGAAUAUUGUGUAGGUGGUGGAGCGUGUGUGAGUCUUUGGAGGACACUCGGUGGAACAACAACAGAAUCUGCAAACAGAGUUGCAAUUUGUGUAACUGGCAAUGCAUCAUCCCUGGUAACAGCUGUCAUUACAAGUUCUGUGAUCUGUAAGCUUCAGGCAAUGGAGGACCAGUUCUGGACGUGUGCACACCGUCUGAAUCAUGCCCUGAAGGAGAAGACAGUAUUUCCUGGGGCUGGGAGGCUUGAAAUGCUUUGCCUCCGUUAUAUUCAAAAGCUUAUUGAAGAGGACCAUGUCACAUUUUGCAAUCUUGAUGAUGACAAUACAAGUUCACUGUGGAUGACCAAACAUGUUAGUCACUAUAAAGAUAUAAUCCUCCAGCUGAUGUCAGAUGGCUGGAAGGAAUACCUUGCCACUCUGAUGUGUAACAGUACAAUGUGCACUACACAACUUGAAGCUUGGACAGUCAUUAAUCAGUGCCUGGGUAACAUGUGUGAUGGUGUUUCUCUACCUCCGGUUUCUACACCACACCUGUUAAACUGCAGUUACAGUGAACCUGCAUCAGAGAAGAGAGGAAACAUGGAUGUUUAUGAUAACGUUACAGUAAAAGUAGAAGCCUGGCGAAGGGCUCUGGAUGUGGUUCUGUUAGUGCUUCAAACAGAUACUGAGAUUGUCACCUGUUACAGCGCUGGAGAAGUUGAAGAACUAUCCAGUGCACUAGUGCUGCUUUAGGCCUGUAUCAUAAUAUAUUUGUUAGUGUUUUGAGGUGACACACUGUAGAUCUGGACACAUUUAAAAAAACACGUCAUAUAUAGCCCACACUUUUGCUUAAUUGGCGGCUUGUGUAAAGUAAGCACCUUCUGUACCUGCUGCUAGUUAGUUUCAGUCAUGUGUUUGAUAGGCAGACACUUAUGUAUCCAAGACUUAACAAGAAACUGUGUCAAACCAGAUGCCCUUUCUGGAGAUCACACUUCAUUCCAGUUUCCCUUUAAGCAGUUGGAGGCUGUAAUACUUUCUGAAUGGUCUCAUGUCCUUCCUGUUCCAGACUAUUUUAACACUGCAGACUUGGCACACCCAGUCAGUGCUAUUCUGGAUUGCCUUGGUUGCAUAGUGCUAUGUAUUUUUUUUUUUUUUUUUUUGGAAAACAGUACAGGUAUAAUUUGCUUUAUUUUAAGAUUACACUGCACAUGUAGGGCUAAAAAUUAGCUGUGUGGCUUUAUUGCCAAUGGUUACUCCAGCCUCACACUCUGUGUAUAAAUGGGUUGAGUUUAAUUGCAUUUCUGGAAAUUACAGAAUAUUUUCUGCUUGUAGGACACAUUGUUUAUGCAGGUCAAAAAUGUAGAGCUGUUAGAAAUUCUCCUAUGAUUUAAUAAAUAAAGACAUAAAUGCACAGUGAAUCCCUCAAGACAGUUUAUCUGGCCAAGUAUACAGUACGUCAGCACUGUGGCUUUCUGGUUUUCCAUUACUGAAAAUGGCAAUGCAGCUUGAUGUGAUGUCUGCCUCAGGUAUUCAUGUAAAGGGAAGGACAUUUUUUAACAGCAAAGUUUCCACUCCAGUGCUUCUCAUAUUUUGGACUGUAUUAACAGACAACUUUGAAAAUGA